AUGCCCCCGAAAGCAAAGGCUAAGGUAGGAGCAAAGCAGCGUACUGCUCCAGAAAGAGCAGCCUCAAAGGUGGAGGCUGUGGAUCCAUCGGGUCAGGUAUCAAAGAAUUUUAGUGUGUGGAGUGCCCAGGCGCCUUCUGUGAAGGCGGCUCCGUCUACUUGUUAUGCGAAGUGCCUGGUUUUGCCGGGUUCGACGUCGACGACAUACAAGUUGCGGCAGAUCGACCCGCCUGGGUAUGAGGAUGGGGAGUUUGAGGCGGCUCCAAGUAGGUUAUUGAAUUGCAAUGAAGAGACAAUGAAUCCGAUGGCGUUGCGUGACAUUGGAUUACUGAGCCAUCAGAACAGUGCAUGUGUGUUGGAUUUUCUACGUGCGCGGUUUAUGCAAAAUAUGAUAUACACAACGGCGGACCCUUUGAUGGUGGCAAUUAACCCAUUCCGUGAUCUGGGGAAUUGUACGGACGAGGUGAUUGUUAAGUACCGGGAUGCGGCUUCAGUUCAACACCUGCCUCCACAUUCGUUUUCAAUUGCCCGAGAGGCAAUGGAGAACUUGGUGUCGGUGAAUAAAUCACAGACGAUCAUUGUGACGGGGGAAUCGGGGGCAGGUAAGACUGAGGCAACGAAGCACUGCAUGCGGUACUUCGCCUCAGCCAAAGGAAGCAUGGAUUUGCGCAUCCAAAAGGCGGUCAUGGCUGCCAACCCCGUCCUGGAAGCGUUCGGGAAUGCCAAGACAUUGAGGAACAACAACUCCUCCCGCUUCGGGAGGUUCAUGCAACUCGUCCUGGCACCGCACGGAGGCAUUCUUAAUGGACGCGUGACUGGCUUCUUGCUGGAGAAAGUGCGUGUGUGCAGCCAGGCCACGAACGAGCGCAGCUUCCAUAUCUUCUACCAACUGCUCAAGGGCGCAAGCGCCGAACAAAAACGAAAGUAUGCUCUAGAAGACGUCAAGACCUACCGCAAUCUCAAUGGCUCCGCCGUCGGGACGGCCAGCGGGUGCUACAGCGUCGACGGCAUCGAUGACGUUGGCGAUUGGCAGGAGGUGCAACAGAGCCUCGUCUCGAUGCAGCUGACGCCGACAGACAUCGACGCCGUAUUCAGCAUCGUCUCGGGCGUGCUCAAGCUGGGCAAUGUGCAGUUCCAAGGCGCCACCAUUGAAGGGCAGGAUAACGCGGCGCAGCUAGAUGCGGGCAACUACGCGCUGCUGCAGCAGGCCUGCGUGCUGCUCAAGCUGGACGACGUGGACAAGGUCGCCAGCGGGCUUUGUACUACCGCCAAGACGAUCGGAAACGAGCAGGUCACGGUCCGAAUCCAGAAGCCGGAGGCGGUUUUACUUUGCCAGUCGUUGGGCAAGGCCAUGUACGACUACCUGUUCAAGUGGAUCAUUGCCCGACUCAAUCGCACUAUCGAGCCCGAGUACUUCAAAGAGUUCAUGGGCAUGCUCGACAUCUUCGGCUUCGAGAUUUUCGACAAGAACUCGCUCGAGCAGCUCUUGAUUAACAUCACGAACGAGUUUCUGCAAAAGAACUUCAUUGACAUUGUCUUCGAACGGGAGUCGAAACUGUAUAGAGAAGAAGGGGUGUCUACGACAGAGCUUGUGUUCACAGAUAACAAGGAAGUCAUCGACACCUUGAUUGGCAAAAGAGGCUCGAUCUUCGCUGUGCUUGAAGACAGCUGCAUCAACAAGGGCGGCACCGACGCUUCCUUCUACUCGUUGCUGUGUCAGACACUUGGAACCACGAAGGCCUUCCGAAAGCCUCAAGGCGGAGACAGGGACCUCAUCUUCACUGUAGGACACACGAUUGCGGACAUCAACUACUGCGCGCAAAACUUCGUGAGUAAGAACUCCGACUUGCUGAAGGCGGAACUGACGGAAGUGGCCCAAGCAUCGAGCUCUCCGAUCGUCGCUGAAAUGUUUGCUGGCAUUCCUGUCGAAAGGGGCAAGCUGGCUAAAGGUCAAUUGAUUGCGUCGCAGUUCUUGAAACAACUCGAUGAAAUGAUGGGCAUUAUCCUUUCGACGGAGCCGCAUUUCAUCAGGUGUGUUAAGCCUAAUGAAACCAAGAAACCGCUCGAUUGGGAUGCACAAAAGGUACUCAAUCAGCUCUUCUCAUUAUCCGUCUUGGAAGCUUUACAGCUGAAGAAACUCGGCUUCUCAUGGAGAAGACCUUUCAACGAAUUUGUCACCCAGUUCCGUUAUAUCAACCUCGACCUAGACGCUGCCAUGAAGGCCGCUUCUACUCCCACCCGCCAGCGAGAAGUCGCCCAACAACUCCUCUCCGCCUGUGGCAAACUAAUAUCCCCCUUCCAAGAAGGCAAGCAGUGGCAAGUAGGGAAAACCAUGAUCUUCCUCAAGCCUGAGGUUGUCCAAGAACUCAUGCUCUUACAAAGAAGACUUAUGGAACAAUACGCUCCCGCUGUCACCUUCCUCGACGCUCUUAUAAAAGCCAAAUACUUGAGGCGUACGGCCCUACAAAACGCCAAAAGAGGCACGCGGCUACAAGCACUUAUUCGAAAACGACUCACUCAAUCCGGCAAACCAGCCUGCACCGUGCUCCAAAUCGACCCCAGACAACCCGUUUUCAUGGGCUAG